AUGGGUCGCACUGUUGACCAGGAGGUCCACGCGGCUUUCGUUGAAUUUCGCGCCAAAGAAGAUGACAAGUGUCUCUCCGUCCAGUGCAUUUACUGCCAACAGAUAAGGGCAAAGAACACUUCGCGACAGAAGCAGCAUCUUCUUGAGUGUCCUGGUCUGCGUGGUCACCCGAAUGCGACCCAAGCCUCUCAGCCAACCCAGACGCCCAAUGGUCUCACUUCCAAUGGCUAUCCCGGAACACCCAACGGCCCUAACGCUUCUGCGCCCGGUCCCAAUGGCCCUUCUAUUCCUACACCUAAUGGCGCAAUGAUGACCAACGGUGUAGUCCCUCACACUCCUCUGCAGACUCCGCUGCAGGCUUUGCAAAAUCGGCCCCCGAUGCAGACUCCUGGUCCGCCCGUCGGAGGACCUCCAGGUUCGGCCCCGCAGUCCGCGCAAACGUCGCGUCCGACCCCAAAGCCAAAACCAAAAUCAGCAAGCUCCAAUCUUCCUGCGCCACCUCUAGAUGAUGUUCACGCCGCCUUUGUAGAGUUUCGCGCAAAAGAAGAAGAUAAGUGUCUUUCGGUGCAAUGUAUCUACUGUCAACAAGUUCGUGCAAAAAACACAAGUCGCCAGCGCCAGCAUCUUCUUGAGUGUCCCACCUAUCUCAGUGUCAUGAAGGAUUCAAUUCCUGCCAACAACUUGCUGCACACCUUCCCGGAGGGUGAUGUAGCUCGAUCGCUUCAAAUUCCUGCACCUACACUCGAGCUUGAUUUCCGCAUGAGCAUCAAGAUGAACCCCAAGGUCGCUGUUGGCCCGAGUAUCUGGGGUCACCGCGAAUGGGUUUCUUUCAUUGGUGGCCAGUGGGCUGGUCGAUGGGGCAAGGGAAUUAUUCUCCCUGGCGGUCAAGACACACAAGUUAUCACCAAGGACUCAACCACCAAUCUUCACGCAAGCUACAUUCUGCAAACUGCUGAUGAACCGCCUGCUUUCAUCAUGGUUCGCGCCGAUGGAUGGCUUACUGGAUCCAAGGAUGUCUUGGACAAGGUUAACGACUCCGGGAUGGCUGAUGGUAUCAACCCUAGCAGCUAUAAGUAUCGCAUCAACCUCUCAAUGGAGACCGGUGAUGAACGUUACAUUUUCAUCAACAGUUUGAUGUGGAUUGGCAGCGGCUGCCGCCGCGGUCAUGAAGUCAUUUUCGACGCGUUCCGUGUGAACUGA